GCCCGUUUGGUUUGAAUAUCUUUUUCUUAAGAAAGUUGUACCGGGAAAACCGGAAAUUUCCAGUUUUUUUAGAGCGUAAAAGUUCAUAGUAGGAAGGCGAAUUAAUCAAUUACAUGGAGGACUACUUGAGGAGGAACUUCGACGUCCAACACAAGCGACCGUCGGAAGAAGCUCUACUGAAAUGGAGAUCCGCAGUUUCCAUCGUUAAGAACCCUCGCCGCAGGUUUCGCAUGGUGGCGGACCUCGCUAAGCGCGCCGAAGCUCAAAGAAAGCGUGAAAACCUCCAGGAGAAGAUCCGGAUCGCGCUUUACGUCCAAAAGGCAGCAUUGCAGUUCAUUGAUGUUCCAAGUGCACCCAGUUUGGAACUGAACUAAAGGUGAAGGAAACUAAAAAGCAGAAUCCAUGGAGUCCUGAUUGGGGUAUAAGGUGUCACAUAAAGCAAUUUGUAUUUGUAAGAGCUUUGGGGAGCAAGCUGGAGGCCAUCUCCAGAAGUUUCCUUGAACAACGAUAGAAAGCUUUGCUUGAAGUGGGAGAGCAGAAGCUUGUACAAUUCUAGGACCAUAAGUAGCUAACAAAGGUCCAUUCGGGUG